AUGGCGUCGUCGAAGAGCUUGAGCAACGCCGACUUUGCUCGGAUGUUCCGAAAGGAGGCACUGCAAGAAGCUGAGGAUACAUUGCAAGAUACAGCUAUUGACGCUGUAUCCACUGACCUCAGCGGUGAUGGUCAAAUUUUGUCGCGAGAUGCCGUCGGAGGACGGUAUCAAGAAACGAGAUGGACAGAUUCCAGCCAAGACGCGAACGAGGCUUUUGGAGGCUCUGGUUUGGGAUUUGGGCCCAAACGAGCGUCAAGUGGAGGUCUUGGAUCUGUUCCUCGUGCCGAGAGGACUGCAGGGUCUGGAAUGGCUCAUUCAGAUCGAGCACCGGUUGCUACUGUGAAUAAGUCGAAGACUUUUGUCUGGGAGAAACACACAACAGGUUUUGGUACCAAAAUGAUGGCCAAAAUGGGCUUUAAGGGUCGUUUGGGCAAGAAAGAGGACGGCGUAUCGGCCACUAUUAAAGUAAAGAAGCGUCCGGCACAGAUGGGCAUGGGCUACGGAGACUUUGUGGAGGCCAGUAAUUUGAAACAAAACAGAAAGCUGCAGAAAGAGCUAAAAGGGGAGAUCAUUGAAAAUGUGACCGAGGACGACACUACUGGUGGUGUGGAGAAUGACGUGCUGUGGAGGAAAAGAAAGUUUGUGGCUGGUCGUCAAAGUAAGGCACACAAACGAACGGCAGAGUUGGUGCUGGAAGCUCAGGAGAUGAAGCGACAGAAAAGGAGUGACGUCGUGUUGGAUUUGCGGGGACCUUCUGUGCGUGUGUUGCCUGAUUUGACUGCCGCCUUUGAUAUCGACCCGCAACGUAUGAAAGCGGCAAGACCAGUAUUAGGCGAGGAGUUGAUGUACAAUGUGCGGAUGGUGGUAAAUCUGGCACAAUGCAAAAUUGUCGACUUGAGUCAAAAAAUUGAAAGCAACACAGAAAGUGUUGUCGUGAUGAAGAAAGAGUCGAGGAUGAUCAAGGCACAACUGGAUGUGGAUGAUGUUCGACUGCAACGCAUGCAAGCUCUAAUCGAUCAACUGAAAUUGCUGGAUGCACUGCGCGAAGAGGCAUUAGACUUGCGGUCAGUGGAGCCUUUGUUGUCACAUUUGUGCAAAGUGCGUCGUAAGUUUCUACUAGAAUUUGACGUGCACAAGCUGCAGCAUAUGGUGCUGUCUCUCUGUGUGCCUCCGCUUCGAGCUUUGCUCACGGAUUCAGAUCUGCUUGAGCCAACAUCGAUUGAUUGUGUGGUUGUGCAGUUCCGCUUAAUCCAAAUGUUCUUGACACAGUUUCCGAAGGAAGCUGCUAUCAAUUCUUCCGAGUCAGCUAGUGUGCUCCCCGUCAUUGGCGAGAAGACCAUGGCAGAGGGUGACGAUUUGUACAAUCUCAUCCUUGAGGAAACGUUGUGGCCAGCAAUAGAGCAGUGUGUGAAUGUGGCAUGGCAAGUCAAAUCUGCUCCAGCCGCAUGCGUUAAUAUGUUUUUGAAAAUGCGGCCACAUCUGUCAGGCGAAUUUGAGGAUGCGUUUCUGCUCCAAUUGGUUUUUUCCCGGCUAAAGAAAGAGUGCCACCGCUGGGAUCCUGUUUGUGAUACGAUACCCAUUCACGAGUGGUUGCUUCCUUGGCUGCCUUACGUUGGUGCUGCAAUGGAGUCUCUGUACCCUGAUAUUCAAUUAGCUCUGGCAAACGUACUAAACCGGUGGCAUCCGUCGGAUUUGUCGGUUCUUUCUCUUUUGUCUCCGUGGAGAGAGCUUUGGGGCGAACACGAGUACGGGAAGUUCACUCACCGGUACAUUGUCCGAACAUUGGCUCGUUGUUUACAUCGCGAGUUUGAAAUCAAGCCGGACAAUCAAUCAUUGGCACCUCUGACGUGGGUGUUGGCAUGGAAAGGCCAUAUUCCUGACCGCCAGUUCAUUGCCGUACUAGAAGGUGAAUUCUUUCCCAAGUGGCUGAAGACAUUGCGGACAUGGGUUACUGGAUCACCAAACUUGACCGAGCUGGAAGCAUGGUACCGCGGCUGGAAGCUCUAUUUUGAGCAAAAGGAUUUGGCAACGAAUGAGAGAUUGCGAGUGCACUUUCACGGAGCUCUUGUGCUGCUGCUCGCCGCUAGCGAAAGAGUUGGUGUACCAAAUGAGAGCCGGCCACUUCUUCCCGAAUUAAACAUAAACGCUGCCACAAGCUAUCAAGGGGCAUUGGCGUUGGUACGAGACGAGGCACCGCCGAACCGAGAAGCGAAAACUUCAUCGCAGCGCGCACCUCGCAGCGUCAGCUUGAGGGACGUUAUCGAGAAUCUUGCAAUUACUAACAACGUGACCUUCGUGCCAAAAGGUUUUUACGAUGGGCAGCAAACGUAUACAUUCGGGAAGCACCAGAUCAUCGUCGAGCAAGGUGUAGUCUUUUUGGAGAAAUCGAAAGGUGUGUUCAAGCCCGUGGAUCUCGAGCAGCUUCUGUAG